AUGUCAUUGUUACUCUUCAUUUUUUGGUAUUUUUUAUUUACAUCUAAUAAUAUUACAAAUGCAUUUUGUCCAGAUGAUGAAGAUCUUCAACAUCAUCAAUGUAUAUGUAGUUUAACAAAAAAUUAUAUUCAAUGUUCAUCAUUACCUAAUCAAUGUCGUACAUGUUAUCGUUAUAAAACAAUAAUUUUUGAUGAAAAAGUUAAUAUUUUACCAAUGGAAGCAUUUCAUUUUUAUGAUUUUUUUGAUGAUGAAAAUUUUUUAUUUAAAAUUCAAUUUGCUCAAUUAAAUAGUCUUUCGUCAAAAUCAUUUUCAAAGAUGAAUAUUAAUCAAGGUCGAACAUUAGAGAUUAAAAUAAUAAAAUAUUCUUCAUCCAUAUUACCAACAAAAGUCUUUGACGAGAUAGAAAUUCAAUCAAAAUCGAAACUAAAUAUUAAUAUACUCAAUGUAACAUCUACUAUUUUAACGAUAAAACAACAUGCGUUGGAGGGAAUAAAAUUUCAUCGUGAAAGUCGAUUUCGAUUGUUAAUUCUUCAUGCAAAAGAUACAAUUCAAUUUGAAUCAAAUGCAGGAUCAAUUCUAUUACCAUCUUAUUCUUAUAUGGAAUUAUAUUUUGCAAAUUUUAUUCAAGUUCUUUUAAAUGAACAUAGUUUUAAUCAUAUAAAACAAGAAUAUUCAAGUGAAUUAAUAAUAAAUUUUGAUCAUUUUCAAUAUGCAACAUUUUUACAUAAUUCAUUUUUUGAUUUUCAUCAAUUUGAUGAAUCUCGUUUUCAUUUAUCAUUAUUAAAUUUUCAAAGUCUAACAAUUGAACAAACUUUAUUCGAUAGAGUGACUCAAUUAAAAUCAUAUUUAAUAAUAUCAAUUUAUAAUUUAACAAAUGAUUUAUGUUUACCAAAUAAAACAUUUAAUCAAAUAAAACAAGAUUUGAAUUCAAUAUUUCAAUUUGAAAUUAAUUAUGGACAAAAUUUUCUUUUUACAUCAAAUUCAUUUAUAAAUAUAUAUCAAAAAUUACAAUCAAAAUUAUUUAUUACUAUUAUAAAUUCGCUUGAUGUUUAUUUUUCUCGUUAUUCAUUAAAUAAUAUUCAUCAAAAAAAUCAUUCAUUAAUUGAUAUUUCAAUUAAAUACGGACAAAAUUUAAUAUUUGAUGAUUAUGCAAUUAAUAAUAUGAGUAUUUAUAAUUCAAGUAUUUUAACAAUUCGUUUUCAAUAUUCAAGAGGUGCUUUACAAAUGGCUAUGAAUGCCUUUUCUAACAUUAAUCAAGGUCAAGAUGGAAAAUUAGUUUUUCAAAUAAUAAAUUCAUCCAAUUAUUAUUUACGUUUUAAUCAAUUAACUUCAUUAGAACGUAUAGAAAUUAUUGAUCGAUCAUUAUCUUCUAAUGAUUUUUGUCGUAUAUCAAAUAUUCCAUCACAUAUAUUAGUUAAACUUUUAUUUCAUAAUCAAUGUUCAUGUACGAUUUAUUAUUUAUAUCGUCAUCUUUAUCGUAAACUUCUUCGAAAUACUCUUGAAAAUUUAACACCAUUUUGUUAUUCAAAUAUGUCUUUUGAUGAUAUUGAAUAUACUGAAAAUAGAUGUUCAUUUAAAAAUAAAAUCAACAAUUGUCAACAAAUGGAAGGCGAAAUACAAAUGAAUAUUCCACAAGGAAUAUGUCAAGAAAAUUUAAAAUUAAAUAAAAAUAAAUCAGAAAAAAAUUUAUCAUUUUUAUCAUUAAUUUUAAUUCUUAUCAUAAUCGGUUGUUUAAUAUUUACUAUAACAUGUAUUUAUAUAUUAUUUUCAAAUAAUAGAAGUUUAUCAUUAUCGAAUUUUAUUUCGAAAUAUUUCCAUCAUUAUCGAUAUCAAAAAUUACUCAGAUUUUCAGCAGAUUCAUCAGAACAAUUGACACCUAAUGAUCAACAAGAAUUCAAUAAUAAAAUAAGAAAAAUUAUUAUUACAUAUGAUGCAACAACAGAACAAAUUCAACCUUAUUUAGAUACUGAUCAUAAUGAUUUUAUUGCAUUAAAUAAUAAUCAUGAAAAUCGUAAUAUCACACUUAUAUUAAAUACGAAUCCAAUGAGUGAGAUUGAACAUAAUAAUACUUUAGAAAUGAUUCAACAUCGUUAA